ACCCGAACCCCGAACCUCCCCGCACGCGCGCCCGCGUGCGGGACUGAGCCGCGACGCAGACCCCACACCCGCACUCCAACUCCGAGAUGGGACUGCUCCGGUCCCCGCGCGUCACCCGAACUCGACCCUCGGGGCUCCGAAGUGACCCCUCUCCCCGCACCGUUCGCUGUCUGCGUGGCCGGCCCCGCUCCGUGUCUCGGCAUCCCGGCCCGGGCUCCCGCUCCGGCGAGACUCUUUUUCUGGCUUUCUCCUCCCCUUGACCCCUUCCGCCAUCGCCCACCGUGGGCAGCAGGAGCUCCGAGAAGCUGUCGACCUCAAGGGCAUCAACAUUUCAGGUCACGUUCUUGUUAACAACAACAAAACAACCAAACCAACAUAAUCCCCCACAAAGUAGCUGGUAUAUGUGUCUCCUGGGAUGUUGGUUAAUGAGGCUUAAGGGUAAUGAAGCUGGAAGCCAGUUGUGCCGCCAGCUCAGAGGUCCCUAAGCCUGAAAAGGAGGCCGAGCCAGAUGCGGAGCCACAUUCAGACACCCGGCCACAGGAGGCGGCGGCCAAGUCCAGAUCUAGAUCCCGGCCUGAGGCUGAGACCAAGACCCUGGGGGCUGAAUCGGGGCCUGAGGCCAAGGCCAAGUCCUUGGGGGCCAACCCCAGGUCCGGAUGGGGGCCUGAGGAUAAGGCCGAGCCGUUGGACUUCGUGGGCACAGAACGGGAGUUUGAGGAGGUGCUGGCCAUCUCUGGGGGCGUCUACGGUGGCCUCGACUACCUUCCCAGCCGCUACCACAGCCGGCUCCGGGAUCCCGACGGCACCGUGGUGCUGGCCCAGCAUAACGGAGUGAUCGCGCUGGAGUCGGUGCACGUGAUCGACGCCCAGGAGACCGUGCUGGUGCGGGGGCUGCGCGUGGCGUCCUGGGAGCGCGGCAAGGGCGUGGCGCGACAGCACCCGGGGGUCAAGGUGGCACAGGUCACCCGGGACGACCAGCUGGGCCCCCGGGAGCUGAAGAAAUACCGCCUAAUCACCAAGCAGAGGCGCUGGGCUCUCCAGGCCUCCGCGCCCACCCUGCGCUCACCCUUGAACCCCGCGGCGCUGCGAGUCUCCGGCACCUUCUCGCGGCUGCCCACCGAGGUCGAGUCGGAGGCUGGUGGCGACGUGGCACGCCUCCUGCUGUCGCCCUCCGUGCAGCGCGACGAGCUUCCGGGCGGGACCAUCAUCCAGGACUGGCAGCCCUACCGGCCGAGGGAAAGCAACCCGCGCCUGCUGGCGGCCAAGGGCCUGGAGUGGCGCGUGGACAGCCGCGCGUGCCCGCGCGUGCUCACUCUGUGCACGCGCCUCUUCCCCAUCCUGUCGGGCGGUGACUGCACGUGGCGCUACCUCAACAUCAACGCCUUCGGCAGCGAUGGCGUGCAGGUGCAGAGCCAGCUUCUGUGGCACCUGCAGCGCUAGGCCCCGCGCCUCGCCGGCCUCAUCGUCCUGUGCCAGCUUUUCCUAGAGCCCCAGUUAUGGUCACAGCUGGCUGACUUCUGCCAGGCCGGCUUGGGGCUCGAGCAGGCCAAGGGUUAUACAGAGCAGUACCUGCUGGAGGCCGACAGCUAGGGCCUCUCCUGUCGGAGGGGAGAGAAGAAGCACUUCAAGAUCGGCCCUCUGGCGCUGAUCUCCAGAAAGCCCUGCCCGCCGCCGUUUGCAAGCUCCGCCCCCUCCCCCUGCGCUCCGCGGCGGGCUCUGAAGCCCGACCUUCCUCGGAGCGCCCUCCCUAACCUUUUUACCCUUACUUCUCGGUCGGCCAUCCUGCCUCUAGCGCUCCCAAAAGCUGUUGCCCACGCCUUGAUCCGAACCGCCGGGUUUGGCGGAGGCCCUUGCGCUGCUAUUGUCCGCCCUUCCCCCCUUUACUGGCCAAAGAAUGGGUUCCUUCCCAGGCUUCAGAGCCUUGCCUUCUCCGUCGCCCUGGCCUGACAGUGAACUCUGCCCUUCCUGGCUUCUCCCUUCUGCCCCCUCGCGGGUGGAAGCGGGCAGAAGGCUAUGCCAUGCCCAGCUGCCCAACACGCAUUACUUUUCUUCCUCCCGCCCUUUCUCAAGCUCUCAGGGCCUGCCCGGCACUGCCCUCCUUGCCUCCCUCCCAGCCUUCUGUGCUUCUGCAUCAGGGGCCUCUCCCUCCUCCUCCCUGGGCCUCCCAGACACUUAGCUCCUCUCAUGGUCCAUUUGUCUGCUCCUCCAUUCCUCUUCCCGGUGACCUUUUCAUCACCCACCCUGUGUGCAAUACGGAGAGAGAGCCUGUCAAUGUACUAGCAUUAUAAUGCCCCGCUGACCCUCCGGUGGCGCAUCUUUCCAAGCCUGCCCCCUCUGACGGGUUUCCUCCGACUUUGCACCAUGUUGCUAUUUCAGAGGCCCCCUUCCCAUGCCCCCAACCAGUGGCCUGAACCAGGCCGUGGACCAGGGGGUUUGGGCUGGAGAGUUUGGUGUGGGGAGGGCAGAUCCCUCAGCCCAGUAUGGGGCUGUCUUCUGGUUCUAACCAGGCUGCCUUCUGGCGCCCCUGGAACCCCCACCUCCAGAUAUUUCUGGACAUCCCUCCCUUCCUCGGGUUUCUUUAUGCUUUUUGGACUUUGGCAGUUUCCUAUUUGAAUGCAAGUAGUAACAGCUGCAGUUGCUCAGCGGUGGAUCCUCACAUCUACCACAGCGGGAGGAAACAGAGGCUCGCAGAGACCAAAAAAGUGCCUUCCAAGUCACUCAAAGUAACUGGGAGCCUGGCAGGGACUAGAAUUCAGGUGUCCCACGCCCCGAGCAUGCCUCAGAACCGCACUCCGUGUGACCGUGAGUGCUUGAACUUGUCGUUGGUCAAUGGACAGUCGGUGGGGAUUUGUUGACAGCAAGCACAGGGGUCGCUGGGAAUGGAGUCAAAGACGUGGGCAGAGGAGGGCGCCUGGAGGUGAAAGAAGGUGGGCAAAGAGGGCAGCGGCUGCUUCAUCACCUCCCCCAGUUCCGGUUCUGCGGCUGUGCGGCACUGCCUUGCUUGGCUGCCUUGGGCGCCUGGCCACGCUGCCACCCUCCCUGUCACUUCAACCGCGGCUGUAUUGCAAUAAAACGGACC